AUGUCUGAAGACAUCCUUACAUUCAGCAAGGAAGAUUUUGAGACCUUGACUCGACCACAUAACGAUGUGCUGGUAAAUUCAUUCCUCUUGAAUAACAUUCAAAUUAAACAUGUACUCGUGGAUCCAGGUAGCUCGACCAACCUAAUCAGGUGGAAGGUGGUAGAACAACUCGGACUGCUCGAUCAGAUCGUACCUACCUCCUGUGUCCUCAACGACUUCAACAUGGCCGGCGAAAUAACGAAGGGGGAGAUCACCCUCCUAGUCAACGUGUCCAGUGUAGUUCAGGAUGCUAAAUUCCAUGUCAUCGAAGGUGACGUGAGGUACAAUGCGUUGCUUGGUAGGCCGUGGAUACAUAACGUAAGGGCAGUACCGUCAACUCUGCAUAAUAUGAUGAAGUUUCCAAUAAAGGACGGUAUAAAGACGGUAUAUGGAGAACCGCAUACUGCAAAAGAAAUGUUCGCAGUCCACUGGGAGGCAUAA